AUGAGCACCAACUCCUCCUUUACGAGCAACAACAUGAAGCUGGGUCUUCGUCGAGGUCCAUGGUCAACGGAGGAAGACAAUAAACUGAUGGAUCUCAUCAAUCUGUUAGGAGCAUCUAAUUGGGUUAGGAUAUCACAGAACCUUGGUUCACGGACUCCUAAACAAUGCAGGGAACGGUACCAUCAAAACCUCAAGCCUUCGUUGAACCGUAAUCCAAUAACACCGGAAGAAGGUGCAUGCAUCGAAGAGUUGGUGAUGAAAUACGGUAAAAGAUGGGCUGAAAUAGCCCGCCAUUUGAAUGGUCGAAGCGACAAUGCUAUCAAGAACUGGUGGAACGGCGGCGCCAAUAAACGCAGAAGAGCCUCAUUGCAACAUAGUAGUCAGGGAUCUGCCACUAAUACAACCCCCGUUACAGAAUCUAACAACAAUGAUGGGUUGCCUCUGCAAUCUAUACCUCCUCAGCAUCCGAUAGCUUUCAAUACUUCAAUGUUCAGUCAAGCAAACCAACAAAAUGCCCCCGGUGCCCAUCAACAACAACCACCGCCAUCGCAAGAGAUCCAUCCAUCAUCAUAUCCACCGCUCCAGGAAAAUCAUUCCUUAUCUCACCCACCCCCUCCAAGCUUGCAACAACCUCAAUCACUUUCAGUAGCAGGUCUCACUGGAGUGAAUCAAUUAUUACCACAGCCGGCCAUGGGGUCUGGGAGCGGAACAACACUACCACCGGUCUCACAUGGCGUGUCGUCUCCUUCCCAAUCAUUGCUAUUUCCUUCGCAACAGCCACUCCAACUUUUUCCCCAUAAAAGAUCUACCAGUGUAGACAUGCGUUUUGAUAGCAACUUGACAGAAACUCCUACUCAUCUUUCCUCGUUGAAAAAGAAGCUCUAUGAUGAUCCACACUCAUUACGACGUCAUUCGCUGAAUAACACCUAUUUAUUCAACAAUCAAGUCCCAAAUAUCAACGCGUCUCAUCAUGCACAGUAUCCUCCAAGUUUUAACAAUUAUCACGUCAAUGCUAUUUCAUUGACCGAUCCUGUUUAUCACACUUCCAGAAGUAACUCGAUUAACCCAUUAUCGGAUUCCUCGUCGAAUCAUUCUGUGGUGCUAACUUCGAACAACAACUCUCGAAGGUCCAGCUAUAUCAAUGCUGAUUCCAUUCGGGGUAAAGCAUCUCCAUCUUUGGUACCUCACAGGUUAAGCAUUUCAUCAAUAUGCUCUUCAAGGAAUCAAAAUAAUAGCUCUCCUAGGCUUUCUGCUUCAAUCUCUAGAGAAGAAAAUUUAAAGCCGGAGGAGACUUCCGACCGGGAACGUAGCAAUAGUAAAGAGAAGGAGAAUCAGAUUGAAACCACCGCAGGCGAGAAUGAGAGCUUUACUGAAAAGGGUGAUGUUAAAGGCUUGCCUUCAUCGUUAUCUGUCUCGCAAAAGAAGGACAAACAAGAGAGCAAGAUAGAUAAGAUGAUGAUAUCCAAUCUACUAGCUUAA